ACAUAAUGUAGUAAGAAAUGCGAUUUGACUUGUUUCAAGUAUUGGUGUUGCCCCCAGUCUGGAGAGGAGUAUGAAUUAAAACCCUGUGGUACAAAAGGAAGACAAUCCACGAUAAGGAUUUCUUCUUCCUCUGUUGUGUUAUCACCGACUCUAUACCACCAUUGCUGCCAGCACCCCCUAGUGGACCUCACGGUAUUACACCUAAACACCAACAAUGGAGAUUUGGAUUAUUUUACACACAAUCAUAUUUUUAGAACUGAUUCCUAUACAUCAAACAUGAAUAAUUACUACUUUUAAAUGCGUUAAACAUAUUUAUGCGUUUUAAACUGUUUUUAACAAUGUUAACUUACUGUAUCCUUUUCAUGUACCUUAGUAUAUUGGCAAGUCACAUUUCUUGUUUUGGCAGAUUGUUUUGUUUUUAAGAAGUGUAUCCAAAAAAAAAAAAAUUGGACACCCCUGAGAUAGAGUAACGCUACAGACUCUGCUACACACCUAACAGUUAUUCAAAUAGAACAAUUAUCUAACUAAUUCUCAGGUCUCCCACUUCAAUGAAUUCUGUUGUUAAAAUAGCAGUGUUAUCACAAAGUCAUCUGGAUGGAGCACAUUCAGACGUGAACAAUGCAUCCAGUCAGGUCCUCACUGCCUCACUCAGCCUGUGACGAAGGGCGAGAGGGCCUGGCAGAGUCACAAGUUAUUUUAGGAGGAUACUUUCAUUGGGGCGUCACUGGUGAUGGUGAGAUGGACCUUAUUUAAGCCAGCUUGGAGCCUCUACUGUAAGACAGAAGCAUCAGGGGAGUGAAUCAAGAUGCCAAACUGGGGAGGUGGUGCUAAGUGUGCAGCCUGUGAGAAGACAGUCUACCAUGCUGAGGAGAUCCAGUGUAACGGGAGGAGCUUCCAUAAGACAUGCUUCAUCUGCAUGAGCUGCAGGAAAGGACUGGACAGCACCACAGUUGCAGCGCACGAGUCCGAGAUUUACUGCAAGUCCUGUUAUGGCAAGAAAUACGGGCCCAAAGGUUACGGAUACGGACAAGGAGCCGGAGCCCUGAGCUCUGAUCCUGUUGGAUCACAUGUGGGCCAACAGUCUGAUGACUCGAAACCACGACCGUCUUCCACAAACGCCACUUCCAAUAAGUUUUCCCAGAAGUUCGGGGGGUCUGACCGCUGCCCUCGAUGCUCCAAAGCUGUCUAUGCAGCAGAGAAGGUGAUGGGAGCAGGGAAGCCUUGGCAUAAAACCUGUUUCCGCUGUGCCAUUUGUGGUAAAAGUCUGGAGUCAACCACAGUGACAGACAAGGAUGGAGAACUAUACUGCAAAGUUUGCUAUGCCAAAAACUUUGGGCCAAAAGGGUUCGGACUGGGCAAUGAGGCUAUGCUGGAGGAGCCUUAAACUUUAUUACACCUCUUACAUUUCUCUGGCUUGUUUGAAGUAAAGCACAUUUAUACCAAAACUAACAGGAAAUUGUGUGUUCAUUUUAAAAAGUAAACUUUUUUUAUUGUUUUUAUGUGUUCAGAAAAAAAAAAUAGAUUUAGAAAAGUACUGGCUGUAGACCAGGAGUGUCUAAAGCAGGGGUCUCA